AUGGUUGCCCGCAUGCAAAGUAUCUUAGCGCGAAUCAUUGAUCCAUCCCAAGGGGCUUUCUUGAAGAAUCGAGUGAUCCACGACCAGCUUCUUCUUGCACAAGAUAUCAUGGACUGGUGUAUGAAUGGUAAACAACGAGUUGCUUGCCUCAAAUUGGAACUCUCUAAAGCUUAUGACCGCAUCUCCUGGGAUUUCCUUCAGAAGAGUAUGCAAUGUCUUGGUUUCAGUCAGGUUUGGAUCUCAAAGCUAAUGACCACUGUGAAAACCACAUCAUAUUCCUUACUGAUCAAUGGUCAUGAAGGGAGACGUUUUGGUAGUAAAAGAGGAGUCAAACAAGGGGAUCCUCUAUCCCCCUACCUCUUCAUUAUGGCAAUGGAAAUGGUUUCAAGAGGGUGGAAAAGUCAAGUGAUGCACACUAAGAUCGCCCUCCCGAGAGCUCCUAGAGCGAUGGAGAAAAUCAGCUCCAUCAUGUUUGCUGACGAUGUUCUGAUCUUUUGCAAAGCCAUCAGUCACUCUUUACAAAGAAAAAAAUUUUUCUUUGUGGAAAUGGAAAGCACUUCAGGCUUAAAGAUCAACCCCUCCAAAUCUAAAAUUAUUUUCUGUAAUGUUCACGAGAGUGACCAACCUAGCUUGGCAGCAAUUCUUAACUGGGAAAUUGCCAAUUUACCCCUAAAGUAUCUUGGUCUCCCCCUCCUCUCAGGGUGCCUAACAGAGGAAAUUUGUAGAGUUUUGACUGAUAAAUUUGACAAAAAACUUUCAAACUGGAAAAUGACCUCCCUUUCCUAUAGUGGCAGGCUUUGUCUUAUCAAGCACAACCUUCAAUCUCUACCUGUCUUUUGGAUGCAAUCAGUGAGUCUUCCUAGAGCAGUCAUCCAAAAAUUGAAAGCUUCAAUGGCCAGAUUCCUAUGGGCUGAUAACCCAAUUGGUACUCAUAAAUAUAGAUGGAAGGCUUGGAGCACUCUCUGCAGGCCUAAAGAAGAAGGCGGAGUAGGUCUCAAGAAGUUGGAGGCAAUGAAUGCUUCCCUUCUCGCGAAAAGGGUCUGCCAGCUUGUCAAUACCAACUCCCUUGCGUGGAAUUGGUGUAAGAAUAGAUAUUUGGGAUCAGUCAAGAGCCUGUGGUCCCUUAAAAAACCAUGGACUGGUUCUUACUUUUGGAAAAGUCUAGGUUGGGCUUGGACAAAGAUCGAAGACAAGAUUGCUUGGACAAUCGAAAAUGGCCAAUCUGCCCUCUUUUGGCUGGACAAGUGGGGAGAUGUUCUGCUCAAAAACUGUAUUCAAGCUAAUGACUAUGAUACCCUCAGUAAAGACUUCCACCUCAAUGUUGCUAUGGCUCGAAACAAAUAUCUGCAGCAGUCGAUCAACAUUCCUCUUGCCAUGACUCAGGUUAGUGAAAUCACCUUGACUGACAAUAGGGACUCGCUUGGGUGGAAAUCUGAUCCCAACAUGAAGUUGUCAUCUACUAUGUUCUAUGAAGCUCUCAGACACAAAGCUAAUAAGGAGCCCUGGCGUAAAUUAAUUUGGAACAACACUGCUCCCCCAAGGGCUUGUUGGUUCGUCUACAUGGCAUGCGACAAUAGGCUACCUACCUUGGACUGUAUUCAGCGAAGGCGAAUCACUCUAGUUAACAGAUGUGCCUUAUGUCACAAAGCCCAGGAAUCCAACCGCCAUCUCCUCAUUCAAUGUGUCCAGGCCCGUAAAACUUGGCAAUGGAUAGUUAAGAAGUUUGGAAAGUCUAGAGUGCCCUGGCAGGAUAUAAAACAGGAGCUUCAAAUCUGGAUGAAUAAUCGCUUCACGCACCAUUGGAUGACCAAAUGUUGGUCUGUCACCUUUCAUAUAGUUUGCUGGCAGCUUUGGGUAGUCAGGAAUAUGGCCUACCAUGAAGGGUGGGUUGCGAAUGGGGCUCAGUCCCUUUACCACAUCAUUUGGCAGAAAUGCAAAGAGGCCUAUAAAGCCUUUCAAUGGAAUGACAUGGAUAUAAAUCUGGUUGAACUUUGGGAGAGCCAUGGUCUCAUUUGUUCUAAUGUAGUGGAAGAUGUAGGCAUCUUAGAUAAGUUGUAUAUCAUCACUCUCAUCAUUAAAUGCAAAAGAAUUGUGGUUGGGUGUCUACAAGACUCAGAUGCUAACAUUAAAGGCGCUUUGUCCCUAGAAACAAGUUAUGGUGUAGAUGAUGCAGAAUUUAACAUACUCAAGUGGGGGGACACUGUGCGCUCCACCAGCCCGAUCCCCCUUGCCAUCUAUUCCAACAACAAAGGAUGGAUCAGACGCUUUAAGUCUAUUAUUGAAGGUAGAAGGAACUGGCCUGAGAAAUGGCGCUUUUUAUCUGAACACAGUGGCCACUGGAGGCUCAAAGAUGAUACAAUUCCUUUCAACAUCGGCUCUCUGGUAAGGGACUGCUCUGACUCUUUUGACAGAUACUCUACUAGUUGA